AUGGAUUUUCUCAAGAAGAAAAUGAAGGAGCUGUUGGACGAUGACGACAAGAAGCCAACAGACUCUCAGAGUGCCCCUCCUCAUGACUCGCACGCCGGCGCCCCCGGUGGUGCUGGCCCUGGCGACCGCUCACUGUCCGAUUCAUACUAUGGAAACAGUGGUCCUCCCCAAGGUCAAGGUUAUCCUCCUCCCCAAGGUCAAGGUUAUCCUCCCCCUCAGGCUCAAGGCUACCCUCCUCAGGGUCAGGGAUACCCAUCCCAGGGUUACCCACCCCAGGGCUACCCUCAGCAACAGCCGUACGGUCAGGGUCCACCCCCACCAGUAGGCCCACCAGCGCCUUACGGCGCACCUCCUCCAAUGCCGCCUGGCUGGACCCAGCAAUGGGACCAGAACAGCCAACGCUGGUUUUACAUUGAGCAAGCUACUGGACGUACACAAUGGGACCCACCCUCCCAUCUGCCACCAGGCCCAUACGCUCCUCCAGCCGCCGGCGCACCCUACGUGCCCGCAGCUGGUCACGAUGAGCGUGGCUUGUUCGGAAACACCCACGGCCACCAGGGACACGACUAUACUGCUUCUGGCCAAGCUACCAAUGAGGCAGAGAAAAAGAAGGGUCACUCUACUGCUAUGCUGGCUGCUGCCGGUAUAGGAGGUAUCGCCGCUGGUGCUUUUAUUGGCCACCAACUUGCUGAUGAUAGCGACGACGAAGCCAAGGCUGCUGCAGCCGCUACCCCGGCUGCAGCGCCUUACGGUGGCGCUCCAUAUGGUGCUCCUCCUCCAUCAGAUCCCUAUGAGAACGCUGGAGCCUUCCAAGAGCCUCCACCAGUUCCUACUCACGACGCAGAUGGCUCCUCCAUCUCAAGUAGCGACCGUGAGUCUCUGGAGGAGAAGCGCCAGGAGCUUAUUGAGGCACAGGAAGAGUACCAAGAGGAGCUUGAGGAGGCCUAUGAUGAUUAA